GUUUACGGACGCGUCAGGGGCUCCCCCCCCUCCCCAGUUAUAGCACAGUUUACCUUCGGACGAGCCUGUAAUGGACUACUCCAGUUCUCCCAGCAACCUGGACGGAUUUUAAGAAAGCAUUUUUUAGCUCCACAUUCAAGAGAGCAGAAUGGCUGAAAAGGAGCCAGAAUCGCCUGGAAAACUAAAGACAUUAUUAUAGGGUUUUUUUGGGAAUACGGGGCCUAUCCGAACGGACUAUUUCUUUCACAACUUUCCCCACUGUGGAUAAUGGAUGGCAGAGAUUUUGGACCCCCCCGAUCCGUCCACGUACCGCCUCCGUUGUUGGCGGGUCUGGCCAUGGAGUCUCACCGACUCGGAGCAGCAGCUGCAGCCGGGAGGAUCCCUCCCUCUCCCGGCCACCCACCGCCUCUCCACUCGGGAAAAUUCAUGCCAUCGGCCAUUAACGUACAUCCACACCACAGCGAUGCCUUCUCUGCAGGCUCCAGUCCUUUCCUGUCUGGUUACCACGGCCCCUCCCACCUGACCUCCGACCCCGGGUACAGAUCGGCCAAUCCCAGCAGUCUGCAGAUGGCUCAGCUGUGGGCAUCACACGCUCAUGAAGUGUCUUCAGGCUACCCUCACUUACCCAGCAGUAUGUACUCCAGCCCUUACCACCUCUCCCUGGGACACCUGGACCCCCCCUCCCUCCCCCAGCACCAUCUCUACGACUCACACAAAGAUGGGUUUUACCUGCCGGCCUCAUUGAGCCAGUUGCCUCUCCACCCUCCGCCUGCUCCUCCCAGUGCCCCAUCCAGCUCCACCCCCCCUCAGAGGACGUCCCGGGACGGGGGGAGGGACCGGCCUUACCGUGGAGAAGGAAGAGAACGAGAACGGGAACGAGAGCGGGAACGUGAGCGGGAACGGUCGAGGGAGGAUCAGAGGCCUCACAGUGUGGUAGACCUGACGCAGGAUGGGAGGAACGAGGAGGACCGCAGGGGGAGGAGCGGCGAGCGGGAGAAAGAGAGGGAGAUGGAGAGAGACUCAUGGCCCUUCCAUCAUCACCCUCACCCCCACCAGCAGAAAACUCCCUCAACAGAGCCCCGAUCCAGACCAUCACCCCCUCGUCACUCCUUCCCUCCUGGCGGGGGUCGGGAAGACUCGAAUAAUUCAGACCGACAAAAGAGGAGCGACUAUGCACCAUCAUCCUCCUCCUCCCCCGCGACUCACCCCUCCGCCCAGCCUCACCACUCCACACACAGAGAGACUCAGCGGGUGAGUGCGCCGACAUAUGUGCCUUCUGUGGAGGUUUACGACGAGCGGGUCGGUCCCAUCCAAAUCGCCUCUCAGGCCCGGGACAACAAACAGAAGGAGAGGGAGAGAGAAAGGGAGAGAAAGGGAGAGAGAAGGAGAGGAAGGGAGAGGGAAAGGGAGAGGGAGAGCUACAGGUUUCCUGAGAGGAGCCUACCGGAUCACCCCCGACUCUCCCAAUCGGGCGAUUCAGGCAAUCAAAGAGAGGAGGGGUCGGUCAUUUGUUCCAAUGGAUCGAUUGGAAAACGAGGCCAGGAAGCAUCUUACUCUUCCGGCCAAUCACGGUUCAGCCCGGACGUCUCCAAACAGCCAAUUAGAUUGGGCGGAGAGCGGGCAGGGGCGGAGCCUAAGUGGAAUACCAUUAGCCCGUUAGCUAAUUACGCUACGAGUCACAUGGCUGCGCUGGCAGCCCAACACGGACACACACUCCCCUCCCCCGCACACACACAGAUGUCCACGACCCACCGGGGAGGAAACACCCCACACUCCCCUCAAACUCACCCCUCCCAACGACCGGGUGAGGAGGGGGGUCAGAGACGCUACCUGGACCCAUCAGCGCUCUACAGACCUGGUGUGUCGUUGGCAGGAGAGCGAGGCGGGGGGCCGGGGCCGGACCCCACUGAGGUUUCAGCCAUGCAGAGUCUGAUUAAAUACAGCGGGAACUUUGCUGCUGAGGGGCCCGGGGCCUCCAGGCAGACAGGGGAGGGACGAGGGCCCUUUGGGGGUCUGGCUAACGUGGGAUCAGAAGGUGACAGAGAGCGAGAGAGGGAGAAAGAUAGAGACAGAGAGAGGGAGAGGGUUUCGGUGGGGUCAAUGAGGGUCCCGCCCCCCCUGAAGAGGGAGCAGGAGAGGCCGGACAGCGCCCGCUCGUUUGGUCGGGAGGCUGAGGGGGAGGUACGCCACCCUCCCGUGGGCAUCGCGGUGGCCGUGGCCCGGCAGAGAGACAGCAGCAGCUCCAGCAAACAGAGCAGCGGAAACUCCGACUCCCAGAGAGCACUGCUGCAGAAUGCUAUCAAAGAUGAGGAGCGAGGGGAGGACCGCAGUCGUCACCACGAUGACCGGAUGCUGGCCGGCCGACUGGAGCGUGAGCAGGAGAAAGUGCUCAGAGAGUCCAAGGAGCUCGCAGAGUUCACUCAGAUGCACCCCCCCAUGUCGAGUGGUCUGACGCCCAGUAUGAUGACACCCAGCCUCAUGACCUCCAACCUCAUGGUGACGGGAGGGGCUGCUCUGGCUGGGGCAGGACGAUGGCCUCCUGACCCGUCGACCCUCACCUCUCACCCCUGGAUGCCCCGACCCGGAGCUCCCCCGGUCUGGCUCUCCAGCUCCCCGUACAGCCUCGGUCCAUCCUCUCUUCACCAGACUCUCCCCCCCGGUUACCCCUCCUCUUUGCAAGGUUCAAUGCCUCCUCCAUACCAGUUUGCCCGGGACCCUCAAUCUGGACAGCUAAUAGUCAUCCCCACUGAACACAUGCAACACUACGGAGGUGAUGUUCUGGAUCGUGGAGCCCAGGUGUGGCCAGGUGUUUACGGUACCGGCAGCUCCCUGCAACAUGCUGCCCAGCUGCAGCUGCUCUCCCAGCAGCAGAUGCUCCGGCAACAGGAGCUGCUGAUGAUCCAGCAGCACACAGCGCAGGUCCUGGAGCUGCAGAGGAACGCACAGCUAGUUGAGCGAUUUAAGGCCAGCGAGCACCGGCCAGAGAUGGAAGACAAAGCAGACAAGCGUCACGGCGACCACAAACACCGACGCUGCUCCAUAUCUUCCCCGUCUCCCUCACCUAUCCUGCAUCCUCGCAAACCUCCCCCACACUCUCGCUCGCCCACCCCGUCCACGUCCUCCGUCACCCCUCUCCCUCCCCUCCCCUCACCAGUUACCGCCCUGAAGUCAGAGGAAGGCGGGCAGAGAGUUUUGUCCCAUCCGCCGAUGCCCCUGCCUCACACGCCUUCUCCACGAUCAGCCUCUCCUCCUCCAUCCUCGCCACGGCGGCCUAAACUGGAGGAGGGGGAGUUGGGACGGAGGGCGCAGAGGGAGGGACAGAAGCCGGGCUCUGCUUCCUUUCAAGGCAUCUACUCUGAGCUCCCUCCAGGUUACCCUUACCAGUCCAUCACCGCCCCAUUUGGCUCAACUUUCCCCCCCUAUCACAUCCCAGCACCCACAGGGGCAAUAACAGAAGUCGUCUCACCCCACCGCUCCCGAUCUCCGUCCUCUGCUGCCCCUUUGCCCUCAGCCCACCUCCACCCGAGGCUGCAGGACACAGACAUUAAGCCCCAGAAACAGACCGGAUCUUUUCUGAAGCAGGAACCCGGCGUGGAGCAACCUCCGCUCGACACAAGGCCCGAACCUCUGGGUGCUCACCAUCGAAGCUGCAACCCUGUUCCCCCCAGAGAGGAAGCCCGGGAAACACAGGAGCUUCAGACGCUAAUUUCCCGUGUCGCUAGCCCUCCAUCGCUACAAAGUGAAAGACGGCAAGAAGUCAGGGAGGAAGACAAGGACGGAGGGCAGAUAAAAAUGGAGGUGUCCUCUUAUUCUUGUCAGGCAACAUAUGCCCUGCCUCCUCAGUCUGAACCUAAACCAGAUGUUAUGAAUCAACCUGAACAUUAUCCAACAUGCGUCGCUGCAGAUUCAGACAGCGAGGAGUUCCAACAGAUCACCAGCACAGUGUGUGAACAAGAACAGCCACACACUCUCAUCCACUCACACACUCCUAACCAGAAAGAAAGUGUCCCUGAAACUCCCGUGUAUCAUCUCUCCACUUCCAAAUCGCCGCUUCCGCAGAUCAUCGGCCCAGAGGAUCCCAUGGCGGGGAUGUUCGCCCUGCUGGCAGCCAGUGAAAUAGCCCAGGCUCGCCCCAGCACACCACCCGCCCCGACAAUCAUCCCGCAGAUAGAAAUCCCAUCGCUGGGUGUGGAUUGCAGCGGUUCUGAUGCUCUGGAGAUGGUGGCGCUGGAGGGGAUGGCCCUACUCAGCGAAAUGGCUCAGAGGGAGAUGGAGCAAAUCAGCAUGGAGCAAGAUCUGACACUGGAGGGUCUGGACUGUCUUCUUGAAGCAAGCCGGCAGAUUCUGUUGGAGGCGAUCGAGAAGCAGUCCCACAUCGACCUGCCCAGAACGCUGGACCCCAACAAGAAGUACAGCUGGAGGCAGAGGAAGGAGGAGCCUCUGUACAGUAAAAUGUCUGUGGACGUGUUGGACGCCGUAGAGGUGGAGUAUCGGGUUCACUUGGCCGAGCUGCAGAAAACAUACAAGGAGAAGCAGAGAGAUCUGAGCAAGCUGCAGAGACGCAGAGACAAACGUGAGCGGCAGCAGCAGGAGGAUGAGCGGCGGAGUCUGACCCGGCGGGGAAGAGGGCGACCCCGGAAGAGGAAACAUUUGACAACGCCUACCAAACUGGACAGCAGGCCUGGAAAGGUGGGUAGGACAGUGCAAUACUCUGAGGAUUCUGAAGCCGGGGAGGGACAGAGGAAGAGGUUCAGGGUGUCCAGAGAAGAAGAGGACCCGGAGGCGGCGGCGAGUGGAGGAGUAAAGAUUAAGAAGAAGAAAAAGAAGAAGAAGAAGAGCUGGAACGACCAGGAGCCGUCCACCAGUCACUCUCUGGAGGUGUUGAAGUCGAAGCGUGGCCAGGUAUGUGAGCAGGAGCAGCUGGCGUCAGACCUCGACAGAGCUCUGUCUCUCUCGCAGCUCGGAUCACUCGCAGCAUCCCAUAAACUCAGCUCCAAAUCAGACAAAUCGAAGGUAAAGUCUGCGGAAAGUCGGAUGAAGGAGCGCAGCAUCCACCCGUCCGCUAAAGCUGGGAAACUGAAGAUGGCCGCCAAGGUUUCCUCUUCAGACAGCGCCCGGAAAGUGAAAGGUCAGAAGAAGACGGCUCUGUUCUCUCACGUGAGAUCAGAGCUCAGCAGCUGCUCCAACAACUCAGACUCAGAGGAACUCACUGCUUCUGCUCGAGGGGGCUGGCCCUCUCUCUCAGGGAUGCGCUCCAACGAAAACCAGACCAGGAAGAGGCCAACGUCACCGCCACUGUCCAGCCAGAAAUCCCAGAAGAAGAAACACAAGCACUUAUCGCUGCUGCUGGAGGAGGCGGCCCUCAGCUCCUCCGACGACUCCUUCGACCAAGAAACUUCAGAGGACGAAGACGGCUACGAGGACGUGUCUGACUCAGAGGAGGAGAGCGGGCUGGGUCUGCUAGCCAGGUUUGCAGCGAGCGCAAUCCCCGUCAGCUCCGCGCCUCUGAGCCUCCUGAACGACGGCAAACACCGCAGCAGGCAAAGCACUCUGGGGUCUUCAGAAUGCGAGUGGUCGGACUCGGGCUCCGAUCUUCGUCUUAGGAAGUUUCCGUCUCUUCUUCACGGGAAACGCUCAGCCCCCGAGCUCCCCCUGUUGCCCCCAGCAACACGCCGCAUCGACCAGAGCAGCCCCUCGAAGCGAGACGACUCUCUGCCAAUCAAACGCAAGCCUCUGCCCAAGCCCCGCCCCACGCCCCGGUCGCCAAGACAAUUCAGCUUCGACCUCCCCUCGGGCUCCUCCGGGUUCGGGGGCUUCAGCGAAGACGAGGGAUGGACGCGGCGCCGCAGCGAGAGGAUCUUCCUCCACGACGCCACCACUUCAGCCAAUCAGAUGCCAGCGUCGGUGUCAGCUUCCACCAAUCAGAGCUGCUCCUCCUCUUCCUCCAGCUCGGUCCCGCCUCUCACACCGAAGCCCACUCCCAGACCCAAACCCUCCCCGCCCAGCAGAGAGGGCAAAGACCUGAUGAAACAGAAGAAGAAGCUGAAGGACCCUCCGGUGAGUCCAGCUCCUCUCUGCAGCCUCUCAGAGCCGCCUCCUCCUCCUCCUGCUCCUCCUCCUCCUCCUCCUCCUCCUCCUCUGAGCCUCAGCCCGCAACGCAAGAGUCAACCCAAACCCAAACCCAAACCCAGAGAGCCUUCCAGAGGAGCGGUGAGCCGGCUGAUGGAGAGCAUGGCGGCGGACGAGGACUUCGAGCCGAACCAGGACAGCAGCUUCAGCGAAGACGAACUCGUCCCGCCUCACAGCAACAGCGUGUCAGAGAGGUCCUCCACACCAGCUCCGGUGCAGUGUGUGCUGGAUAAGGACUCCCUGGUGGAUGGACUCAGAGUUUUGAUCCCGAUGGACGACCAGCUCCUGUAUGCGGGACACGUGAACACUGUACACUCCCCUGACAUAUACAGCGUGGUGGUGGAGGGGGAGAGAGGGAACCGACCACACAUCUACUGCCUCGAACAACUGCUGCAGGAAGCUAUCAUCGAUGUGAAGCCUCCUUCCAUACGUUACCUACCAGAGGGAACUCGCAUCUCCGCCUACUGGAGCCAGCAGUACCGCUGCCUUUACCCCGGCACCGUCGUCAACGGAAGUUCAGAUAUCGACGAGAACGAUGACCUCAUCACGGUGGAGUUUGACGAUGGAGACACAGGACGCAUCCCGCUCUCACACAUCAGACUGCUGCCGCCUGACUACAAGAUCCACUGUGCGGAGCCGUCCCCUGCUCUACUCGUGUCCAGCUGCUCCCGGAGGAGAGUCCGUAAAUGCAGCAAAGAGGGCAAAGAAGCAGGAACAAAACCUGAAGACACCUCUCCGAAAAUCAAAGGGAAACCUGGUCGCAAACCCAAACCCAAACCAGAGACCUCCAUGAACCCAGACAUCCGGGAGAAAGCUGAUCCGCCGUCUUCCUCCAGCCAGCCCGCAGAGAGACCCCAGCCUCCGCCCAAGCCUCCCCAGGACAGACCCUCCUCUGUGCAGAAGAACUCUCCGGAGAAACCCCGUCCCGCAUCCCGACCCGCGAUGGGACCCCAGGUAAAGCCGGGCCGCAAAAGCUCCACGACAUCCCCGGGAAGUAGCCCUACCCUCCCACAACCGGUUUCCAGGAAAGCGCCACCCUCUGCGGGUAAAAAAACCCGCUCUCUGCCUCCGUCCCUCUACCCCUCCACCUACGGAAAAGUCCUGACGGUGGAUCUGUACAGCGAGCCCAACCUCAGCUCGUACACCAACCAGCGCAGAGAUCGAGAAAACGGCGUCAGUCCCACCUCCAGCCGACCCCUCUCUAGACCCAGUAUUACAUCGCACAAGUCUUCGUCCAGGCCCUCUUCAGAUUCCUCGCCCAAAACCAAACCCUCCUCGGAGCAUCACAGGCCGAGCCACAGCUCCGGACUCAUACCUGGCUCCAUCUCCAGGCUGUCAUCCAGCAAACCCUUAACUCCCAGACCAUCAUUGUCAUCAUCCUCCGCCCCAAGACCCAAAAUAAAGAUGCCCUCCGACCAUCUUUCCUCCAGACCCGGCGCCGUCUCCGUCUCCAGGCCGAAAUCAAGCGCAGGGCAAGGGGACUCUUUGAUGAGGCGCAAGUCUUUAUCUGCGGAGCCUCUUGUGAAGCUGGACCACGAAGGCGUCACCUCGCCAAAAACCAAGAAGACUAAAGCUCUGAUGCUGCUCGAGGGUCGGGGCGUCAGAGGGGAUCACACGCCCAUCGCCUCGGCCAAUCAGAAGCCGAUGAAGGUGAAACCGAGGGUUGAAAGAGAGUGUGUUCCUCCAGAGAAAGAGACUAACUACAAACCGCCGAUUUUAGCAAAGGAGAAGGUGGAAAGUCGAGGAAGAGGACAGGAAGUGAGGGAGGAGAAAGGUAAGAAGGAGGUAGAGAGGAAGAUGAAGAAGGAGGAAUCUCACAGCAGCAGCAGCUCAGAGUCGGAGGAGGAGCGUGAGAAGAUGAAGAAGAAGAAGAAGAAAUGCACCUCCAGUUGCUCGUCGUCCUCUUCGUCCUGCUCCGGUUCCUCCUCGUCUUCUUCAUCAGGCUCCUCUUCCUCGUCUUCUUCGUCCACUGAUGACUCCUCCUGCAGCUCUGAUGAAGAGAGGACCUCCACACCUCCCUCAGGACCAAUCACACCUCCUCCAGUACAGGAGAAAGCAAAAGAAGAACCGAAAGAGGAAGAGGAGGAAGUGAAGAAGGAGGUGAAAGAGGAGGAAAAAGAAGAGAUGUCUCCUCCCUCAGAUUCUCCUUCCCCUCCAUCUUCUCCUACUCCUCCUGCUCCAGCCAAACCUGUGAAACCAGCCACCGGGAAGGGGUCGGGGCAAAGGGGUCGCCCUCCCAAACCCAAGCCCAUUGGAGGAGAGGGGAAGGUAGGGAGGCCGAAGAGGAGGGAGGGGGUUCACCUCCCCACCACCAAGGAGCUGGCCAAACGUCAGCGACUCCCCAGCGUGGAAAACAGACCCAAGAUCUCUGCGUUCCUUCCAGCCAGACAACUCUGGAAGUGGUUCGGAAAACCCACUCAGAGACGUGGUAUGAAAGGCAAGGCGAAGAAGCUCUUCUACAAGGCCAUCGUGCGAGGCCGGGAGAUGAUACGGAUCGGAGACUGCGCCGUCUUCCUGUCCGCCGGGCGACCCAACCUACCGUUCAUCGGACGCAUCCAGAGCAUGUGGGAGUCGUGGGGCAGCAACAUGGUGGUCCGGGUCAACUGGUUCUACCAUCCUGAGGAGACAAACCCCGGCAAGAAACUCACAGACAAGAAGAACUGGGAUCAGAUGUGCGGUCAGUCGUUGCCGGCAGCUCUGCACUCCUCCAUCCAGAGGAAAGACUUCAUGGAGCGCGCCCUCUACCAGUCGUCCCACAGCGACGAGAACGACGUGCAGACGGUGAGCCACAAGUGCCUGGUGGUGAGCGUGGAGGAGUACGAGCAGAUGACUCACACCCGCCGAUACGCCGACAGCGAGGACCUCUACUACCUGGCCGGCACCUACGAACCCACCACCGGCAUGAUCUUCAACACCGACGGAGUCCCAGUCAUCUGCUAAACACACAGAAACUCUCCUGAAACUAAACCAAAAUCAUGAGUCUAACACUGAUCUGCAUCAUGAUGGAUCUUUUAAUGGCAACACGACACACUUCAGACUGCUAAGCUCUUUCUACUACAGAAAAGGAGAUACUAUAGACAGUAUUACAAGGAAAUCAGUCUCCUUUUGCACUCACACUCUCCAUUAACAUUUACUGGUUCUGUGUUUGUGGGAAAUCUUGAGAACACACACACCAGACUCUUUGCUGUAAAUAUACUCUGCAUAAACACACGUGUAAAUACUCCACACACACACGGUUAUAUAGAGGACAAAUACGUGUUUUAUUUUCAUGUAACAGAUUUAUGUCAGAGUACUUUUUUCUAAACAGUGGAGAAGCUUUAAUGAACUGUGAAUGGUGACGAGAGACGGCUGUUGUUGUGAUGAUGUUGCCGUGGUGGUGUUACAGUCAUGUUACAGUCAUGUUAAUGUAUCUACAGAACAGCAGGAGCGACAGACAGAGAACGAGACGCACAGGAAGAGACAGAGGUAUCCUUCGCUGUACAACAGAGAGCACUUAAACAGAUUUUUAAAAUAGUGAAACACUUAUUUUAACCCGUUCAACUCCCCGUGACAAUCCUAACUAACGCAGGCAGACUGUUCGUCCCUCAGAGACUCAGGAUUAAAAAGAGAGGAAGGAAUAUGUUGAAAAGCACUUCCCAUCUUCAUUCUUGAGUUCCUUGUCUUAAAGGGAAAAAUCCACCUUUAAACACUACGAAACCAGCUGCUGUUUGAAUGUGUUAGAUUUUAUUGAUUGCCCAUUUUUGCUUUUAAAACAGUACUUAGAGAAGAACAGCUUCAAGAUUCAGGCUGCGGCUGAAAAGUAAAAGAGUAUCAGAACUAACAACGCUGUAAAACGAGAGCGUUGACAGGAAGUAGCUGCACUUUCGCACAAAAGCAGAACAAAUCAGGGUUUCUGCUACUGAUCGGGCAGGUACUUCUGGAACAUUUCCCUCCAAAAAAGACCAUUCGGCCGCAACCUCAAUUUCAGGGGAUGUCCAAAGCUGAAUCCUGGGAAACGUAGGAAAAAUGGGCAACGAUGCAAAGUAAACCCUUGAUCACAAGGUGACCCAACUAGCUGAGAGUUUCGGGUGGAUUUAUCCUUUAUUUUUGAAUUUUUAAAGCUGUUCUUUAAGGUUGUGAGCAUUGCAGUCCGAGCGGCAUCAAGGUCAUGUCUCUGAUGAAGCUGCUAGCAUUGAUACCAUCAUGAGCAUAACUCAAUUUUAACAGUUCCAGACUUUGGCUUCACUUGCGCGACUUGGCUGCAGUGUUUUCAACCUCUAAAUGUCCUGUCUUGGAAUUAUUUUUUUACUUUCUGCUUCUGGGCGUCUAUUUUUACCCUGUUGGAUCACAUUUCGCCCCUCACUGCAAUCGUGUUUGAAAUGAGUGCACCUUUUGAUGACUGGGAGUCUUGUAUGUCUUCCUAAAGUAUUUACCAAACCCCCGUCGAUCUUACUCAAAGAUAAACAAACGUUUUCUCCCCUCUUUUAGCUGCUUAUGGAUAUUUUUCUAUGUGCCUAGUUUAACCGUUUUUUAAGGGUGAGACUGUUGAAUGUCGUGCUCAGGGUUGUGAGCGUUUAGGCGGCCUUUUCUCUCCCAGGCCUUAUGAUGAUUCACCACACCUCAUAUAGGUCCCGCCCCCAUCAUCAAAGCAAGACUUGUGAUUGGUCCGAUUGGCGUUUUACCCCAAAAUGCCUUUCUUCUUUGCGAUUUAAAGUCCGAACAACCCUCCGAUUACUGAGCUGUUAACCCGCAUUGUUACACUAUUGUGUAUAGAGUUUGUAUCAGAUCUAUAUACAGUAUAUUGUAUACUGUAUGCGUAGUAUAUAUCUGUGAUUAUCGUUUUGAUUUUUCUCGUGCCACGUUGCCCUGUCUCUGCUUCGCCGCAGAGAUUGAAGAUUGUCUUGUUGAUAUUCAAUAGGUUUAAUAUUUUCUACUCUUUUGAGAUCUUUCGGUUGUGUUAUUAUGGUCUAUAUCAUGUUUUUACUCGCUCUGUGAAGGCUUGCAUGACGUCCCAAGAUGUUUAUGUGACUUGUAUCCCUGAUAAAAAAAGAAGAUGUCUGCCAGUAUAGAAGCGUUUCAGUAAAGGUGUUAAUUUGCUGCUAGUAUUGAUAGUGAUUUACCCAGGUACAGUGUCGUGUUUUCUGAGAUUACUCAAUCGAUUGAUGCCAGAAAAAAAUCGUAUCUGCUAAAUCCCCCGUGUGCUCCUCCAGGCUGACACUCACAUUUCGCUAGACAAAAACAUCUUGAGUGACAGUCGGACAAAAUGGAUCUGCGGCUGGUUUAUCUGAGCCGCGGUACACAGGUCGCGCGGUGUUUGCAGAGUGAACAAGUUAUGAAUGUUUGUUUACCCCUCGAGCUGCUGAAGCACUUUUUUCCCCCGUGUGUGUUUGAUAAGACACACAAAUACACACUCUUACACACCUUAAAAGUGUGUGUUAUUGCCUUCCAAUCUCUAUUUGCGCCCCCCAUCUCCAUCCAAAUCCCAGCCUUAGGCCUUCAAACAGGGUCCAACACACAUGAACACUUAUUGCCCACAUUUUCAUUUGUUUUAAGAGACUCUCUUUUUAUCUCUUUUCUUUCUAAAUGUUUGUUUUUGUUGUGAUUUAUUUUUUUAACUCUUGUAUAUUUUUAUUCUUUUGCAUGUUUCUGUCAUUAGCCCCCCCCCCCCGUUUCCCCUCUUUGAACAAUCGUCCACGCCUCGCAAGCAAUACUGCUAAAAGGCAGGGAGCUAGCUGCUAGAGAACGAGAGAGAGAGACUAUAAGAGAGAAUGGGAGACAGAGAGAGAGAGAAUGGGAGACAGAGAGAGAGAGAAUGGGAGACAGCGAGAGAGAGAGAGAGAGAGAGGUGGACUGGAGGCUGGUUCUUCGUCUGCUGUUCCUUCGGUAUCGUUAUCGUCCUGUUACAGACAACAAAAAAGAUUAUUUUGAAAAUAAAAUAGUAAAAAAAAUCCUCUACGUUUUGUAAAUGAUCCUUCACUGUCGAGUGGAGUAAAAAUCUAUCAGAAUAUACUUUGUACACAUGUCUAAUCUUGUAAAAAUGCAAAAAGGAAUACAUUUUAGAGAUGAAUCUGAAACAUGAUAUAUCCUGUCACCCUAUACUGUAUGUGUACGGUUUUACAGACAGCAACCACGUUUAUCAGUGUUUCUUUUGAAUUGUUUUAGUAACUCAAUAUUUUAUAGUUAAUCAAUAAACAGAUGGAACUGUA